UUGAUUUCGGGCCGCCGCGCGAUGGAGGUACAACAGGGCUCUGGUCGUUAUGUCGGGGACGUGAAACGACAGCUGCGGGACGGGUUUGGUCUGUAUGUUUAUCCGAACAGCUUUUAUCAGUAUGAGGGAGAAUGGAAAAAUGGGAAAAAGCACGGUAUUGGGAAGUUUCUCAUGAAGGAUGGAAGUUACUAUGAAGGAGAGUUUGCGAAUGGAGAAAUAGAAGGGAACGGUAUCCGGUACUGGGCUUCUUCUGGAAAUGAAUAUUGUGGACAGUUCUCACAGGGAGAGCUUCAUGGAUUUGGAGUGAUGAAGUACUUUGAUGGCACUCGAUAUGAAGGAGAGUUUCACUAUGGUGUCCGAACAGGACAUGGAGCACUGAUAGAUAAAGAGGGCCAGGUGUACCGAGGCUCCUUUCACAACAAUAAGAAACAAGGAGAAGGAGAAAUGUAUUAUAAGUAUGGGAGCUACUAUCAGGGAGAUUGGGUACUGGACCAGCGACAGGGCCAUGGCAUUAUGCAGUACGCUGAUGGUACUCUUUAUGAGGGACAGUGGAGAAAUGACCUGUAUAAUGGACAAGGCUCCAUGAUUCAUUGUAGUGGAGUCAUUUAUGAUGGAAUAUGGAUCAAUGGCCGUCCUGCCGCUGAAGCCAGUAAGCUGGUGAUCCUUGGUGAAGAAAUACGGGAGGUGGUGGAGGGCUGUCCUUUCUCUGUUGAAGUUCAGCUCCAAAACAACAAAGGCGAGCUAGUGAAAGCUGAAAGUGGGCGAGUGUUGCAGAUCUUGGCAGGAAUAAAGCAUGUUAAGCUCUCCCCAAAUGUCAGUGAUACCUUCCUGGAGCAGGAGGAUCUAGAAGAAUCACUUUUUGAAACACCACUUGGUUACACCGCCAUCAAUUAUCCCUUGAUGGCAUAUGUGCCAGAACCUGACAAGGCAGUUAACAAUGCUGAACCAUGUAGAUCUGAAGUUACCACAGGCAGGUCAUUGAGUACCAAAGACACCUCUGUGAAUGAAACUAAACUGGAUUUUCUUCCAAUAACUGGAAACAUACAUGGCUCAUUGCAAGGGUCCCAGUUCACUCCAGCAGUAGAGAAGGAACCUUCUGCUCCACCCAAUCAGAGAACAGAAAAUGGUUAUGCGGUAUUUUGUAAUAUUGCACUUGCUUUGCCACCAGACAACUAUCAACCUUUGGAUGAAUUAGAAAAGAAAACGAGCAAGAGGUUGAGUAGCAGAACAGUCUCACAGGAGAAGAUAUCUGAGAGCAGAUCUGAAGUCAGUAUCAAAUUGAGCGGGAAAUCAAAGAAGAAGCAGAAUGUCACAGAUCCACAGAUUGUGAGACCAGGUGAUUAUGUUAUUAUGGUGAAGGACGUGACAACCCCACCUUUCCUGGAUCGCACUCUCCCUCCAGCUUUCAUUCUCCUGAAGGUGAAACCACACAAAGCAAGCAAAAAGAGCAGCAGAAAGGAGCACCAGAAGGUGUCCAACAAGUAAUGAAAUUCCUGAAGAACAUUACAUCUGACGAAGUUUGAGCACUAGCUUUCGUGUAUUAUUUUUGCUCUACACCACUUUGAUCUGCCAGACAUAGCCCCCUUCUUUGAUCUUUCCUUUCUCCACUCCUCCCUUGAUACCAUCACUUGGGGUGACAGCUUGAAACACUAUUUCAUGUCACACGUUCAUAGCCAGAAGAGAGUGCAGACUCUCAUCCCAUUAGUCUGGGUCAGAGUUGAGUCCAGUUCUGAGAAGUGAAAGGGAAUAUGCUAAACCACAGUAAACACCCAGUCCCAGAAUAGUCUGCUCUAUAAAUGAGACCAUCAAGUGCUCAGAAAGAAAAGUCCCUGCUGUAAGCGGAGGUGUCAUUUCAGAACAGAUUUGCACCAGAAGAGAGUGGUUGUUUUUUGUAUUCUGUUUACUUCAGUUCAUUAAGGUAUAAAUAUUUUUUAAGGUCUCUAUUUAAUAAACCAUGUGUUUGAAUGUUUUCACUUCCUUUAAAACUGCAAGGGUCUCUAAGUUUCAGAUGCAGCUGGUGGGAGGAAAGUCUUUAUAUCUCAUUGAGAGGUUCAUGUUUAUGAAGCUGAACAGGAUGGUCAGAUCUAAAGGAAGUUAAGGCAGCAAAUAUUUUCUGAAAACAACUUAAAUACUAUACCAAAGUGACCUGCUUGCCCAUCCAAAUUACAGCUUUCCCAAUGUUUUUGUCAGUGUGUAAAUGUGCCACAUUCAGCAAGAUCAUUCCUUAGCUUAUGCUGGGUUAGCAGAUUUCAGCUGGACUGGUUAUAGUGAAGCUAUCAUCUGCCUCACUGCCCACAGUUAAUUACCCUGCCAUUUAAAUCAUUACUCAGAUGUGGUACCAGAUUGACCUCCAAACUGUAAUCCUUCCUUUUUACAGAGAAGUGCAAGGCUAUGGAAAAAGAAUAUGGAGUCACCGGGUUAGCACAGGCACGAUGGCCCAAAUGGCCUCCACUUCUAUUUGGUUAUAUGAAGUGGAAAAAAAAGUUAAGGGGAAUUUUAAAUUUCACCACAGUGCAGCUAUCUUUCUGUUAAAGAUCUGUGUUGACAGCCACUUUUGAUAGGGUCUGGAACACUCCUUUCUGGGUGAAUGUCUUUCUUUCUGCCUCUGAUAUUUCAAUUUCUCUCUCAUUUUGAUUUUUUUUCUGUGUGUCUAUCCCCAAAUCAUCCUCAUAGUGCAGUAAUGCUUGUAGUCUUUUAGCUGGCAAAUGACCUGCUUUAUUUAUCAUACUUGUUGUCUCUUCAUUUUCUGUCUGCUGCAAUCUUCAGUUGACCCUUACGUCUCUGCUUCUUGAUUGACAGCAACUCUGCUCCCCCACCUCCCAACAUCGUAACCAUGACUACUCCUCCAUCUGUUCCCCCACCAGACCCUUCCUGCUCCUCUGUACUCAAUGAUAUUGACCCAAAGUCGUGUUUUUUGUUAACCUUCAGUGUUGCAUCAUUAGUUCAAUAUGUCAAUUAAUUAUCUCUGGAUAGUUCAUUUAACUAUGCUUUUUUCGAAAUGUAUAAACCAUUUGGAAAAAAAAGCUUUUUGACGUAUGAAACAG